CAACAACAACGACAAUGGCUCUUACUACAACAACCACAGCUUCCCCAACUACAACAACCACAGCUGCAGCAACAUCAACACCUGACCCUCUUACCUAUGUCAUAUCAGCAACCUUGCAAAAUGAGAUCUUUACAGAUGAGUUGCUAAAUCGCACCAGCCCUCGAUUUCAAGCACUUUCACAAAUGGCUACAGGCCGUUGUAAUCAAAUAUAUCGAGCAAGAUUUGGUUCUGACUUCGACCAGUGCAUUGUGAGACAAUUCAGGGCUGCUCCAGCUCAACAAACACGAGUGGAUGGAACUGUGGUAGAGUUUUCAGUUGUGUUCAAUCGGUCUAUCCCCAAUUCAGCACUCCCAAUGAAUACUGCUGUUGCUCAAACCUUAGUUGAUGCUGCAAAUGCAUCAAACACCUUCAAUGUGACCUUUGGUGCCUCUUCAGUUGCAUUAGUAUCGGGUCCUGUUCCUGACCCUACAACUGCUGCAACAACAACAGCUGUAAAUACAAUUGCUUCAACAACAGCUGGAAUGACAACUGCUGCAACAACAACAGCUGUAACUCCAACUGCUGCAAUGACAAUUGCUGCAACUACAACAACCAUAGCUGCCCCUACAACAACUACAGCUUCCCCAACAACAACUACAGCUGCUCCAACUACAACAACCACAGCCGUCCAAACAACAACAACCACAGCUGCAGCAACCUCAACACCUGACCCUGUUACCUAUGUCAUUUCAGCAACCUUGCAAAAUGAGAUCUUUACAGAUGAGUUGCUAAAUCGCACGAGCCCUCGAUUCAGAGAGCUUUCAGGAAAAGUUACAGCUCGUUGUAAUCAAAUAUAUCGAGCAAGAUUUGGUUCAGACUUUGACCAGUGCAUUGUGAGACAAUUCAGGGCUGCUCCAGCUCAACAAACACGAGUGGAUGGAACUGUGGUAGAGUUUUCAGUUGUGUUCAAUCAGUCUCUCCCCAAUUCAGCACUCCCAAUGAAUACUGCUGUUGCUCAAACCUUAGUUGAUGCUGCAAAUGAUUCAAACACCUUCAAUGUGACCUUUGGCGCCUCUUCAGUUGCAUUAAUAUCGGGUCCUGUUCCUGCAACUACAACUGCUGCGACAACAGCUGUAACUACAAUUGCUACAACAACUGCUGCAAUGACAACUGCUGCAACAACAACAGCUGUAACUCCAACUGCUGCAACAACAACAGCUGUAACUACAAUUGCAGGAACGACAAACAACACUUCCUUCAGAUCUUUUAAUCCAUGGAUCACUUUAAUGCUGCUUAUGUUAGCCUAUGUUACACUAAUUUAAUAAAUUAUUAACAACAACAACUAUUCUACUGGGAUAGAUUCUUCUAGGAUAUAUAUCAUUUAUAUACUGUUGUAUACACAGUUUCAGAAGCUGUAUAUACUAUUGGUUAUUUCAAAAAGUCUUUCACAACUUUUAAUUUAAUUGGAUGACCCCCACAGAAACAGUGUAACCCAUGUACAUUGUUAUUUACUCUGUUGCACAAACACAAAAAGUGUUGUAUGGUUUUGAAUAAACAUUGCACAUUUAACUUUGGACCGACUGAACACAUUGAUGACAGUGUAUUAAUAUGGCUGUCGAACCAAACACAUUUGUGCCAGUGAACGCUGAGGCUCUUGAGCUGGACAGAAAGACACAAUAUAAAAUAAAUAAAAUACAUUUUAUUUAAAAUAAACAAAAUAAAAGCAUCAUUGCACAAUUAAUGUUUGCCCGCUUUUGUUAGUCUUUCAAAAGACCAUUAAAUAUGCUGGGUUUUCUUUUUAAAUUUAAAAUAAUUUAAAACACUUUGUAGUUACGCUUUAAGUUCACUUGAUAGCAUAGCAGCAUAACAUAGCAUGGCAAAAAACACUUCCACAGAGAGCAUACUGUAAAGGGAACAAAUAAAGGAACACAUGUAACUAGUGGACUGCACACCCCAACAAUGAACCAAUGCCUGAAGUGUAAUCAAGGGUCAUGGUAUACAUGAUAUAUAUGUCAUAACAAUACACUUUCAAUUUUCUUGUUAAUGCAAACUGUAUUUAUUUAAUUGUUCAUAGCUGUAUUCUGUGAGAUUUCUUAUGCUAUUAAUACUUUCUGUCAAUAAGGUUAAAAUGAUCAGAAUACAAAAUAUUUAAAGAACUUAAAUUGUCUCUUGUGUCAUGUCUUCCAGUCUUGGUGGGUAAAAAAAAUGCAUGUUUUAUGUUUUUAUUUUUUAAGUUUCUCAAAAGUUGUUCCCACUGUAAUGGAAUGAACAUGUAUGUUAAUUCAACACAUGCACAGAAAUCUAUUAAGUAUAAGCAUGUUCAUCAUAUUGGCAGAAAAGAGAAAUCAGGCAGAUGAAAUUCCGUGAAAUUAAAUCAGAGUGGCAUAUCACCAACAGAAAAUGGUACUGGUGGUAGAGCCAUUCCGGGGCAUGAUUUGUAGCUCUGAAUUCUAUAUUGUUUAUUGGUUUAUUUUACUGUGGGGUCUUUAAUGGUCAUGUUAGUAGUGGCAUCAUUCUCUCAUGAACUUAUUGAACCCUGGCUGACAUGCACUGGCUGGUGGUAGUGGUGAGUAUGGUCGAGUGCAAAGAAGAGGCUGCUUGCUUCAUACACUGGAGGAGAAAAGGCAAACAACUUGCCAGCAUGAUUCAGAACAUGAAUUUGAAAUGACUCUAGAGAUGACAGUGACUUGUACUGCAAAGAAAAAACGUAGGAUUCAUCAAAAUAAA